AUGGGAGCUGGCUCCUACGUACGUUACAGCUCACACUCCUCCUACGUUUCAACGGCUCACGUGACUGCUACGUUCACGUAUCUACGAGUCGUAGUACAGCGAUGUCGUGUUAUCGGCCUAGCCAGGGUAGCAGCCAGGGUAGCAGCUAGCGGCACUGAAUUAUUGAAUGUGUCGUUCUAUACGCACAGUUCAUGCUCUCUGGCGCGAAUAGACAGCGGGCCUACAGGGGUAGCUUUCAUGCAGGGGAGGUUGCUAGAGCGAUCUCUAGUUGUUCUCGCUUCCGAGGAAGCUGCUAUGUGA